AUGUUCAAAGUCAAAUUACACGAGCUCCAUCCUACCACCACAACAAUGUCAACACUCAGAGUAGCUUAUAUUCCAGAACACUUCUCAACACCAUUGUUCUUCGCCCAACAACAGGGCUAUUACGCAAAACAUAACUUGUCAAUUGAGUUUGUCAAAGUUCCCGAAGGUAGUGGUCGAUUGAUCAAUCUCCUAAACAACAACGACGUCGAUAUAGCUAUUGGUUUAACUGAAGCAUUCGUGGCUGAUAUAGCCAAGGGUAACGAUAAGAUCAGGCUACUUGACACGUAUGUGCAAUCACCACUUUUGUGGGCCGUUAGUACUGGGUCCAAUCGCGAUGAAAUUACCAAUGUACAAGAUUUGGCCAAAUUUGGUAAAAUUGGUGUAUCUCGUAUCGGAAGUGGAUCGUAUAUUAUGAGUUUUGUAUUGGCUCAUCAAUUAGGAUUUGGCAAAUUUAAUGAGUUUGCCAUUUGUUCUAAUUUCAAGAAUCUUCGUGACUCAGUGAAUAAAGUGGAACCUGAUGGCGACACUGCUGGUUAUGAGGUGAGUGAUGCGUUUAUGUGGGAGUAUUUCACAAGUAAGAAAUAUUACGAUGCAAAAGAGAUUAAACAAAUUGGAGAAAUUUAUACACCUUGGCCAUCGUGGGUCAUUACUGCAUCGUCAAAAGCUGCGGCUGAUAAACAACAAGAUAUCCACAAUUUCGUCUCAUCGGUCAAUCAAGGUAUUGAGUACUUUAACCACCACAUUGAUGAAGCAGUUGAUUACAUUGCAUCCAACUUGGACUAUUCUGCUGAAGAUGCUCGUCAAUGGACAAAGACGGUACAGUUUAAUGACAAAGUAGGUCAAACUCCAUUAGAUUGGGACAAGAUUGUCGUCAAGACUACUAAUGUAUUGAAAGAUGCAAACGUUUUACAAGAUGGCGAUGACGUUAUAACCAAGAGAUUGGAUGAACAUGUGUACAAAACCAACAUUUGA